AUGUCUUCCUCUGGCUCAUUUGAUCCGCGCGUCCCCCCCAAGACCGGGGCCGCGAAAGUAUGGGAUGACAUUAAGACAUACCGAAGGACGUACUUGUUGACCGCCAUCGCAUCCUUCGGCGGCAUGCUGUUCGGUUGGGACACGGGCCUGAUCGGCGGCGUGUUGACCAUGGACGCCUUCCAACACUCGUUCAACCUCGAUCCGGACAGCGACUCCUUUGCCAAUCUCCAGGGGAACAUCGUUUCGGUUCUGCAGGGCGGUUGCUUCUUCGGCGCUGCCUCCUCGUUCUGGUUGAGCGACAAGGUUGGCCGCAAAUGGGCCCUCAUCCUCUCCGACCUCAUCUUCAUUAUCGGAUCCAUAAUCCAAACGACCUGCGCUCUCGGUACGACGAACGACCUUGCACAACUCUACGUCGGUCGCUUCAUUGGAGGCUUUGGCGUCGGUCUCAUCAGUGCCGUGGUUCCCACGUAUAUUGGAGAGAAUGCGAACAAGGAGAUCCGUGGACGCUGCAUUGGAUGCAUGCAACUGUUCAACGUCACGGGCAUCAUGCUGAGCUACUUUGUCAACUAUGGCAUCAGUAAUCACAUCAGCAGCGCUACCGAUUCGACCAAGUGGCGCGUCCCCUUCGCGCUGCAAAUGCUGCCCGGCGCUUUCCUCCUCCUCAUCGUUUUCCAGAACGAAUCGCCGCGUUGGCUGGUGGAGAAGAACCGGCUGGCGGAUGCUAAGCGUGCUCUGGCACACGUGCGUGCCAGAUCCGAAGAUGACGCCGUGUUGCUCCAGGAGCUCGAUGAGAUCAUCACCGACUUCCACGGCAAGGAGAGGCUUUCGCUGGUGACGCAAAUGAAGGCAGUCUGCGCCAACAAGAAGAUCUUCUAUCAGUCCAGCAUGGCGGUCGUCUUGAUGUUCUGGCAGCAGUGGACGGGGACGAACUCGAUCAACUAUUACUCGCCGCAGAUCUUCAAGAGCGUCGGACUUGCAAGCCAGUCUGCCGGGCUGUUCGCCACGGGAAUCUACGGGGUUGUGAAAGUCGUCUUCACUUCGCUCGGGCUGAUGCUCGGAGUGGAGCAGGCAGGGCGCAAAUGGUCCCUCAUCUGCGGUGCUGCGGGGCAAGCUUUCGCCAUGUUCUACAUCGGGGUGAACCAGGCGGUGCACCCCAACGACAGCAGCCUUUCGGGAAACAACAUCUUCUCCAUCAUCUGCGUCUACCUCUUCGUCAUCUUCUACUCGUUCGGGUGGGGCCCGAUCCCGUUCAUCCUGUCGUCUGAGUGUUCGCCGAACCACGUGCGGUCCCUGGUCAUGGCGGCUGCGUUGAUGACCCAAUGGCUCUUCAACUUCAUCAUCGCCAAGAUCACGCCCAUCAUGCUCGACCAGAUCACGUACGGAACGUUCCUCCUCUUCGGGGCUUGCUGCAUAAUCAUGCUCGUCUACGCGGUCCUGUGCGUGCCGGAGACCAAGGGCGUGCCGCUCGAAAGCGUCAACCUUCUCUUUGACGGAAACAUCAUCGCUGGGGCGACGAAGGACACGAUCCCGAGGUACAGCAGGGCGAAGAAGCUGCAAAACCACCAUCUGGGAAGAGGGGACGAGAACUGGGCGGGUGCAAAAAGCGUGGAUGACAACGAGCAGGAUGGGCGGAAGGGGGCGAAUGUGAAUUAUGUGGAGCAGGCUUGA